CCAGUCAGUCGGUCAUCGUCUUCCGUUGAUGUACUUUUGAAGGUAUCCUUGUUGCGAGGCGCGCGAAUGCGCGCUCCCCGAUGUCGAACAUGAUCCUCAGAUGCUUCGCGAUUUAUUCUCUUCGACUGAUUUUACUCGCAAACGUUGCGUUCGCGUCGCAAGCACAGUGGAGUGUUUUGUCGUGGUUGUCGUCCAGUGUUUGCACUCUGAUCGUUUUUCCAUCGAACACGCAGCAAUGGUCGUUGCUCGGCUUGAAUCUCUGGCCGGGCCAAACCAUCGAGAAACCUUCCGACGGAUUCGAUUUGAGCGAAAACCCAAUCUCCAGGGUUCUGAACUUCUUUCCCACCCCGGUACAAGAGGAGUGCCUGUCGCAGGACAAACGACGACGAGGCAUAUGCAUGAACACGUAUGAGUGUCGCAUUCAACGAGGAAAGUCGAAUGGACGGUGCGCGCUCGGUUUCGGCGUAUGCUGCAUAUUCACGACAACUUGCGAGCAGGAGGUGCAGAAUAAUCUGACCUACGUGAUCAGCCCUGGUUUCCCCAACCUCAUUGACUGGCCCAUGAACUGUUCGGUAGUCGUGCAGAAGAUCGAUAGGCAGGUCAGCCAGCUCAGGAUCGAUUUCGUCCAUUUCAACAUAGGUCAACCCAACCCCAGGACUGGCGUAUGUGACGAAGAUAUCAUGGAAAUCAGAAAUGGCAGGAGCGUGUUUCAAAUGUGCGGCUGGAACAGCGGUCAGCAUCUAUACAUAGACUUGGACGAGGACGAUCAGUCCCUGACACUGGACUUCCGAUUGCCUAGCAAUCUCCGAUCGAGAAUGUGGGAGAUGAGGGUUGUCCAGUUAGAUUUCGAGCAGCGUGCACCUACCGGCUGUCUUCAAUACUUCCAAGGUUCUAACGGCACCUUAAAAACUUUCAACUUCUUGUCGAACGGAAGAUUUCUGGCCGAUCAAGACUAUCUAAUGUGUAUUCGUCAAGAAAGAGAGAUGUGCGGAAUCUCUUAUACACCCUGUUCACCCGAUUCCUUUCGAAUCGGUCCUCCUAGGAUGCUAUUGACGAACAAUACGAAUUUUAACGGGUCGUCGAUCGACGAGGGUCCUAAUUCGAACUCGACUACUCGUAAUACGACCGUCGCAGGAUCCACGAAUGGCACGGACAUCGAGGGAUCUGGAUCGAAUCCGAUGGAAGAAGGUGGAACCUCUAUGAACAUGAGCAAUACCAUGGAACAGGAAGGCGGUUCGUCGAAUGGAGCAGUUUAUGGACAGGAACGUUGCCGAGACAGGGUGCUCAUCCCUUGCGACUUCGAGGAAUUUAUCACGCCUGGCAACAACGAGGCGGGAAUUUGCAACCUUGAACACUGCGGCAACUCUCUGUGCGAUCGAAACGAGCUGGACGAAGAAGGUAACUGCCGCGUGGAGACCUGGGCAACGCCCUUUCGUAUUAGGGUGGCUUUCGGUCCUGGACAGGACACGGGAACCACUCUCGAGGACAAUAUUGGCAUGUGUCUCGUGUACGAGCAACUACCCUGCGUUGUCUGAAUGGCCUUGGAGCGAGAAACGAGUCGAGACAUAUGGGGUGUGACACAAGUUGAGAAUUCACGUGGUAUUCAAAGCUUAAUAUUUGAAGAGGACGAUUCGAUGUUUGCUAUCUAGCUAUGCCGGUCAGAAUUUCCUACGAAAUUAAAUUUUUUAAUUUAGAAAGGGAGAAACGCGUUUCAUAAUUCGGCCGUUCGUACGUUUAUACGCAUCGUGAAAAGAAAACGUCGCAAGCCGCUGAAAUUAAAGUAGAUACCUUCUGCUGCGAGCAAAAAUAUAAGAGGAUCAAAAGAUUCGUGGGCCGACUACUCCAAUUAUAAACCCAAAUAUCUAGCAGUUUCUCGCAGAAAUGGCCAAUUAAGAUUCUGAGACUCCAUCCAGCGUUCUUCAUCCACCUUCAUCCUGGUUUCCUCGCUUUUCGACGAAGAUAUCCUACAGGGACAGCAGUCGUUUUAACCCUCUAUAACGCCGUAGGUAACUUGGGAUAUCUAUAUUCAUCAGACUUCGUUUUGAAAAUGUUAUUUCGUCCGCUGCAACCUUCAUCUAUCGCAAGCAUAAAAAUAAGCAAACUCUGUUUAUAAUAUUGCAUCCAGUUAUAGAGGAUUAAAGAGAACCAUAGACAGAAAUGUACAUCGUUUCAGAAUGAUCGAGAGACACUGAUAUCAAAGAGUUAAAUAGUCUUUAUUUACAAACGAACUAGCUUAAAUCGCAAACGCAGCGCACAACUCUCGAUACAAUAAUAGAUAUAUAAUUCGCUUUUUCAUUUUCUCAAUUUGUUUUCAUUUUCGCCUCUAUUCUCUCUCUCUCUCUCUCUCUCUCUCUUGCUCUCUCCCUCUCGCUCUUUUUCUCUUUCGCUCUCUCUCUCACUCUCUCGAUCACGCGUCACGAUCGUCGGCCACAUCACGCCACAGUCCAAAUCGCAAACGCAACUUGAGUCUACCCUCCCUCGGGUCCGUUUCUUCGCGGAAAUACCCCCAUUUGUAUUACGUUUCUCUCAAGUAAUUUAUUAUUUCAUCGAUCCUCGUGUUUCUAAA